UGAAGUGCUGCAAAAGAUUAAACUGCAGUCUCCGAAAUCUUUUCAUAGUCUUCAAUUAUUCAUAUUUACUUUCUUUUUUCUUAAUAUUUCGACAUGAGAAUAUUGACCUGGAAUGUCAAUGGACUAGCAACAACAUUACAAUACCAUCCAUGGCAUGAAAAGAAGUCGUAUAAAUUCUUAUUAGAUACUCUUGGUGCUGAUAUAAUAUGUCUACAGGAAGUGAAAUGUCAAAGAUCUAAAUUGACAAGAGAUAUGGCAAUCAUAUCUGGCUACAACGCAUAUCAUUCAUUUUCAAAAGCCAAAUUAGGCUACUCAGGCACCGCAGUCUAUAUCAAAGAUCAUUUGCCACUGCCAGUAAAGGUCUCGGAAGGAAUAACAGGUGUACUAGACAAAACAGCAGAUGAGGAAAUGACCCAUUUCGUAAACACGCUUGCCACGCCUGCCGAGACACUAGACGCUGAAGGAAGAUGUAUCAUUUUGGACUUUGAUGCCUUUGUUUUGUUCAACAUUUACUUCCCCAACUACGCCAGUGAAGCUAGAGGGGUCUUUAUUAUGGAUUAUUACGCCUGUGUCAGAAAGCGUAUUAAUAUGUAUUUGGCAAAAGGUAAACAAGUCAUCCUUGUAGGCGAUGUGAAUGCAGUCCAUGAAGAACUGGAUCAUUGUGACCCAAAGGAGAGUAUGAGAGUCAAUAAUCUUGAAGACUUUAAGGAUCUUCCUCACAGAAGAUGGGUUGAUGAUUUGAUUGACCCAAAGGGACCACUCAUUGAUAUGGCACGUCAUUUUCAUCCAAAUCGAAAGGGUAUGUUUACUUGUUGGAAUACAAGGAUAAACGCAAGACCUGCAAACUAUGGCACAAGAAUUGACUACAUUUUGGCGUCCAAGGGUCUAAAGGAUCGAUUUAUUUAUGCGGAUAUACAGCCAGACAUUAAAGGUUCUGAUCAUUGUCCGGUGUAUGCUGACUUUGACAUAACACCAGAUACACUACCCCAAGGAAAUGAAUUUUCGGCUCUAUUGACGACAAACUUUUCAGAGUUUUCAAACAAGCAAAAGAAGCUACAUAGCUAUUUUACAGCCAAAUCAAACACAACAUCCUCAUCUUCUUCAUCUUCAUUAUCAAAUGUUGCUACUACUACUACUACUACUACUACUACUACAUCAUCAUCAUCAAGUGCAUCCGGAGAGCAAUCAAAACGAAGAAAUAAUUUUAAUGCAGAGACUAGAACAACAACAAAAAAGCAAAAGGGUCUGGACACCUUUUUUAUAAAAGAGAACAAGGAUCAAGAUUAUUAUUAUAUGGAUAAACAAGAUUUUAAUAACAAUAACAAGGCCGCAUGGUCCACCCUUUUUCGGCCACCGCAAGUACCCAAAUGUAGAGGACAUAAUGAAACAUGCAUAGAACGCACCGUCACCAAAAAGGGACCUAAUCUAGGUAGAGUAUUCUAUCUUUGUCCUAAGCCAGUCGGCCCUCAGGAUGGGCCCAAGGAGCUCUACAGUUGCAACUUUUUUGCUUGGAAACAACAAUCAUCAAAAGAAAAAUAA